CAGUAUUCGUUCCAAAUUCUACAUACAUACACUUGGCUCGGCCUCUCAGUCUCAGUCUCAGUCUCAGUCGAGCGUGAAGUCCAAAAGUAAUGUCUGCAACUGAAACAAGUGUUCGAAGCAGACCCAAAUCCCACGGAGAUGCCGAGGACGACAAUGACCGCGACGCCGUUACUCUCUGGCGAACAGAGCCCAAUUCGAGGCCGCGUAGAGAUAGAAGUAGAAGCCACACUUCAAUUGGAAGUUUCAACGUCGAUCUCAAGCUCCUGCUAGGGCUUGGCGCGUUUGGGUUCUUCGUCGCCGUGCUUUUUAUCUACAACCUUGUAAAUCCUGUUCGAGAAGUUAACAGAGCUAGGGGACUCGUUAGGCCCUCCCAUGCUUCAAAGCUCAUGGACCCCCUUCAGUCUGAAGGUGAGAACAAGGAGAGCUUGUAUUGGGGAACAUAUCGCCCUCGUGUUUAUCUCGGAAUCCGUUCCAGGACCCCUCGGUCUUUGAUUGCCGGGUUAAUGUGGAUUGGUGGAAAGGAUGGGAAAAGUUUCUUGCGCCAUGUUCGCAAAGACUCUGAUGAGCUGAGCAUAUAUAGUUGGGCACAUCAUGAUGACUGCAAUUUUGGACAUCAAGUCAUUGUUGACGAUGACAUGAACUUGGCCACAAGUUUCUUCAAAUCUAAGGGGGAAGACAGUGGCUAUGGAGGAGAUUGGGUGGUUCGAAUUGACGUGCGAAGCCAUAAGUAUAGCCACAAAUCUAAGGGGAAUGAGGAAUUUUGGAGAAGUGCGCAUCUGUUUUUCUAUUUGGAUGAUGAAGAUGGAAAUGCUCUAACUUUAGGUGGUGAUAAUUUGGGAAUUCGUGAGAGCUCUCCCCUUGCAUCUGGUUUACGUACGGAUGUUGGAAGUUGGCAGCUACAUCUAAAGUCACUGGAUGACGUGGAAGUUCAUUAUUUCGGUUUUAGGAUGCCUCAUACUCACAAUUUAUCUGAUAUUGUCCAGGAAUAUCUUGAACCACAAGUAAGGAAGUUUGGUCCACUGCAGCUACCCGACAUUUCUGAUAAAUCUCCAAAUAUUCUAGUUUUUCAGAUUUCUGCUCAGAUUCCUUUCAAGACAGAUAUUGCAUUCAUAUCCGGGGCUGAUUUGGAAAGUUCAAGAGCAGAAGAACGCGUCCGCAGCCUCACAGGUACCUUACUGACCAGUCAACUGAUGGAGAAGCAAAGAGAAUUUGACACAAAAUUUGAGAAGAGCUUUGAUCAGGCUGACAAGAUAGAUCAAGCCGCGGACGAGUUUGAUAAGCAUGCUCCUCCUGGUUUUGCUAAGCAGGUUGUGAGCCAAGCUCUCGGUUUUAUCCAGAAAGCAUGUGGAAAUGCCCAAAGAUUUGUAAAGGAUGCUCAAAAUGGGGACACCCACACGGCUAUUCAUCAUGCGGUUACAGAAUAUAAGCAGUUUCUCUUCAACCAAUCUGCCAAGUUGUGGGUCGACCAGUACCCUAAAGUCCAGAGUGUGGCUGAGAAGGCUUCUUCAGCAGCUUCUUACUGGUCCCAGAAAUACAACCAUGUGGUAAAGGACUUGACACUGAAAGGUUAUAACAUAUCGGGUGAUCGGUGCAUAUUUACAUAUCAUUUUGUACCCUUCUAGCUUAUGAUUUGGUUAUGUUUU